AUGCGCAAAGAGGUUCUGGAUAAACAGAAAGAUCUUGAAAAGUCGAAUUCCGAAAUUGUUGAGAAAAUUGAGAAACUGUCGAAGGAACAACAAAAGAAGUUUGAUUUGAUUCAAUCGAAACUGGAUAAAAUAAUUGAAACACUGAAACCAGAAGUAUCGUCAAAAAUAGAAGAGAACAAAGAUUCUGCUAUUCUCACGGCUCCUGUCGAUUCUACUCAGGGUUUUCAGAAAACCGAAGAAAUGGCGCCGACAUUUGGAAAAUAUUUUGUGUUGAAGCAUACAUUCAACAAUGUUUCUAACUUCGAAAAUAACAAAUAUUAUUCCAGUGAGGAGGAAGAACAUUUUGGUAUUAUAUGGAAAAUUAAUGUGAAACGGUGCGAUGGAUUUUUCUCAUACUUUCUCUUCUAUUUAUUACUUAAUAACACAGAGAAAAACUGGGAAAUUGAAGCUGAAUUGGAACCAAAAUUAGUGUCCAUUAGCUCCAGCGGAAAAAAAGAAAAAAGAAGAAAGAAGAGUUCUGAUUUUUUCCAAAGUGACCCUAUGAAAUCUUCAUGGCGGUGUUUAAAAGUCAUCGAAUGUGACGAAUUCGAAAACGAUUUUCUUGUUGAUGACUGUUUCUGUGCUGAAAUUGCUAUGAAAUUGAAAAGAAUGACAGGAAUUUACAAAGAGAACUUGAGAAGUUUCGACGAAACAAAGGAAGAAAGCUCGGAUGUUGUUCUAAUCGUCGAUGAUGAAAAGUUUUUUGUUUCCAAGUUGUACCUUGCCCAUUCUCCAUACUUCAAGAAUUUGUUCAUGGGAAAAUUCAGCGAAUCGAAGAAAUCUGAGAUCAAACUAUCUGGAAUCGAUGCGGACGAUUUUCAGAAGUACCUUGAAGUUCUUUAUGGAGAACAGGCGAUUGAUGAAUUCAAUGUCGAAGGAAUUCUCAUAGUGGCUAACAAGUACGAUAGCAGUCUGGUCAUUGAGAAAUGCGAGAACUUUCUACAAAAGGAAUCGAAAAAGACACUGAAGACGAAGUUGCAACUGUCUAAGCGAUACAAUUUGGAUGCACUCAGAAAACAAUGUCUCGAGGAAAUUUAA